AUGAACAACCAGAAGAGUGUCCUCUUGUUGCUGCUUUCACCACUCAGGUCUUACCUUACCUUAACGUGGUACACGGAUACAUCUGCAGUAAUGAAGCCUUCUGUAACUUCCACCUCUGGGAUUAUUGUAUUUCUGUUGACCUUGGUACCAUGGAGUCAUGGCAAAUGUAAAGAAGCAGGUUCAAGACCAGAGAUGAAUCUGAAUGUCAACUAUCAGCUUCCUAGCUUCACUGCAGAAACUCAAGUACAAAAUAUAGUUUUGCACCAGCGCCAUAUCUAUGUUGGAGCAAUUAACAAAAUCUACGUCCUAAAUGAAAGCCUUCACAAUGUCUUUGUGUACAAGACUGGACCUGUGCUGGAGAAUCCUGGCUGUGCCCCCUGUGAAGACUGUAAACAUAGAGCAAACCAUUCCAGUAGCUCUUGGAAUGAUAACCGCAACAUGGCUUUGCUUUUAGAAACUUACUAUGAAGAUCAGCUCAUCAGCUGUGGUAGUGUGGCAAAAGGAACUUGCCUGCGCCAUGUCAUUCAUGCUAAUAACCCUGCUGACAUUGGGGAGGAUGUGGAGUGUAUGUACUCAAAGCACGUGUAUGAUGAGUCAGGCCAAUGUCCUGAUUGUGUGGUAAGCCCUUCAGGAACUAAAGUUCUGAUAACGGAAAAGGACAGGUUUGUGAACUUCUAUGUUGGAAAUACAGUCGUGAAUUCAUCUCAGCCAGACCAUUUACUGCACUCGAUAUCAGUUCGAAGAUUAAAAGAAAGCCUAGAUGGAUUUGAGUUUCUCACAGCUGACUCGUAUAUUGAUAUCCUUCCACAAUUCAGGGAUUCCUACCCCAUUAAGUAUAUUCAUGCAUUCGAGAAGGACCACUUUGUAUACUUUCUCACUGUCCAGAAAGAAUCUCUUCAUUCCCAGGCUUUUCACACAAGGAUCAUACGGUUCUGCUCUUUAGAUUCUGAGUUGCGUUCAUAUAUGGAAAUGCCACUUGAGUGUAUGUACACUGAAAAACGUAGGAAGAGGUCAACCAAGCAAUCAAAUGAAGUAUUUAAUAUUUUGCAGGCUGCAUAUAUUGGUAAGCCAGGAGCAGCCUUAGCCCAGGAAAUGAACCUUGAUAUGAAAGAUGAUAUUUUGUAUGGUGCUUUUGCCCAAAGUAAACCGGACUCUUCAGAACCAUCUCAUAAAUCUGCUGUCUGCUUAGUCUCUAUUAAAACCAUCAAUGAAUUCUUCAGCAAGAUUGUAGACAGACAAAACAUGAAAUGUCUCCAGCAUCUCUAUAGAAAGGACAGCAAGUACUGCUUGAACAGGUCUUUUUCAAGAAAUGCCUCUUACUGUGGAGUACAGGAUGAUGAGUAUCGAGUGGAGGUUACGAUGGCUUUGCAGCGGAUUGACUUAUUUGCAAAACAGUUCAACAGUGUCCUGUUAACUUCCAUAUCUGUCUUCACCAAAGGGGAUCUUACUAUAGCAAAUCUUGGGACAUCUGCAGGCCGCUUCAUGCAGAUAGUGAUUUCUCGUUCAGCCUACACAACACCAUACGUGAACUUCCAGCUAGAUGUUCAUCCUGUUUCUCCAGAAGUUAUAAUUGAAAAUUCACCAGGUGAUAAUGGAUAUGUCUUGGCAGUCACUGGGAAUAGGAUAACAAAGAUUCCACUAAAUGGACCAGGUUGUAAUCAUUUCAAUACCUGCAGUCAGUGUCUUUUGUCACCUUCCUUCAUGAAGUGUGGUUGGUGUAGUGAUCGGUGUACACGAUCUGGCGAGUGCAAUGUAGGACUGUGGACACAAGAGACCUGUUUACCCAGAAUCUAUGAGAUUCUUCCAAGAAAUGUACCUUUCGACAGUGCCACUCGACUGACGCUAUGUGGGUGGGACUUCGGAUUCAGCAAAAAUGACAAGUUCAGUUUACAGACUGUGUCGGUUCUUAUCGGUGGACAGCGAUGCAUCCUGGAUGCCAAAGCAAGUGACAAGAACAAACUGGAAUGUACACUUGGUGCUGUAGAGAAUCCAAGUUUUAAUGUUUCAAGCACUGUUUCAAAUGGACAAACUAAUAUUUCCUUCACUACAUUCUCUUAUGUGAAUCCUAUAAUAAGAAGUAUCUCACCCAGCUACGGCCCAAGAUUUGGUGGGACGUUGCUGACAUUAGCUGGGGAAUACCUAAGCAGUGGGAAUUCUCAAGAGGUUUUUGUCGGUGAAAAACAGUGUAACAUAACAAGAGCAUCUGACAGCACCAUAGAGUGUUACACCCCUAAACAAGGAGACCAGUCAGAGUGUCUUGUUAAAGUGAGAAUUGAUGCAGUCUUUCGUUCUGCGGGUCACUUUAUGUACAGAGAGAACCCUGCUGUUUCUAAAAUUUAUCCAGCCAAAUCCUUUCUUAGUGGUGGAAGCACAAUUACAGCUCAGGGGAUCAACCUGAAUUCUGCCUUCUCCGCCAAGAUGGUUGUAACAGUCCCUAAACUACACAGGAACUUUACUGUGGCAUGUAGCCAUCGCUCCAAUUCUGAGAUAAUUUGCUGCACAACUCCUUCACUAAAACCCUAUAACCUGACACUGCCUUUUGUGACAAAAGUGUUUUUCAUUUUUGAUGGUGUCAACUCAUCACGUUUUAAUUUUGAUUAUGUGAAUGACCCCAGCUUUACAUUUUCUGAAAUACCAGUGGUGAUUUCCAAAGGAAACCAGAAUAUAGUGAUUAAGGGAAAUAAUAUUGACUCAGAAGCUGUUAAAGGCAAACUACUAAAGGUUGGAAACAAGAGUUGUGAAAAUAUCACCUUGAAGUCGCAGUCUGUUUCUUGCACUGUUCCUAUAGAACUGUUGAAAUCCAAUAGUCAACUCAAUAUAGAGUGGAAGAGAGAAGUUUCAUCAGCACUUAUUGGGAAAGUCAUGGUUCUGCCAGAUCAGAAUUUCAAAGGACUCAUUGCUGGAGUUGUGUCAAUAUCCAUUUUUCUUUUCUUGUUGUUUUUUGGGCUUUUCCUAUGGAGAAAAAAGAGAAAACAAAUCAAAGACUUAGGCAGAGAGAUUGUACGCUACGAUGGAAGAGUGCACACUCCUCACUUGGACAGGCUUGUCAGUGCAAGGAGUGUGAGUCCCACGACAGAAAUGGUGUCGAGUGAAUCUGUGGAUUAUAGAUCCACAUUUCUAGAAGAUCAGUUUCCAACUUUAUCUCAGAAUGGAUCGUGCAGGCCAGCCCAGUAUCCUCACACAGAUUUAUCACCCAUUUUGUCUACUGGAGACUCUGAUUUAGCCAGCCCAUUGCUGCAGACGAAUGUCCAUAUUGACUUCAGCGCCUUAAAUCCGGAUUUAGUCAAAGAAGUUGAACAUGUGGUGAUUGGCCCUGAUAGCCUGAUAGUGCAUUUCAGUGAAGUGAUAGGAAGAGGACACUUUGGGUGUGUCUAUCAUGGGACUUUGCUGGAUACUGAUGACAACAAAAUUCAUUGUGCUGUGAAGUCCUUGAAUAGGAUUACAGACUUGGAUGAAGUAGCCCAAUUUCUGAAAGAAGGGAUCAUAAUGAAAGAUUUCACUCACCCCAAUGUCCUAUCACUGCUUGGAAUUUGCUUGCCCAAUGAAGGGUCUCCAUUGGUGGUGCUUCCAUACAUGAAACAUGGAGAUCUUCGAAACUUCAUUAGGAAUGAGACGCACAAUCCAACAGUAAAAGAUUUGAUUGGCUUUGGCCUGCAAGUGGCAAAGGGGAUGAAAUACCUUGCAAGCAAGAAAUUUGUCCAUAGAGACUUGGCAGCAAGAAAUUGCAUGCUGGAUGAAAAAUUCACUGUCAAGGUUGCUGAUUUUGGCCUCGCUCGAGAUGUCUAUGAUAAAGAGUACUACAGCGUACACAAUAAAACGGGAGCCAAACUGCCAGUAAAAUGGAUGGCCUUAGAAAGUUUGCAAACUCAGAAGUUCACUACAAAGUCAGAUGUGUGGUCCUUUGGAGUAUUACUUUGGGAGCUGAUGACAAGAGGGGCCCCACCCUACCCAGAUGUCAACUCUUUUGAUAUCACUGUUUAUUUGCUGCAAGGAAGAAGACUCCUACAGCCUGAAUAUUGCCCAGACCCACUGUACAAAGUCAUGCUUAAAUGUUGGCAUCCCAAACCUGAACUACGGCCAGCAUUCUCUGAGCUAGUUUCAGAUAUAUCAACCAUCUUCGCCACUUUCAUUGGGGAACAUUAUGUUCACGUGAACGCUACCUAUGUCAACGUGAAAUGCAUUGCACCUUAUCCUUCUCUUCUGUCAUCCCAAGACAACAUUGAUAGGGAUUCAGAUACAUGACCAGAUAUAUUUUACUAUACAACCAGGGGAGGAAGAAAAACCCUCAAUGAUUGCCAACUACUUUUUUUGCCACCUGGUUUGUGUAAAAGCACUGUCGUGUACAUCAUACAAAUUGCACUAUUUCAAGGAGGCAAUUCUACAUUGCUGAAAGCUACAGCAGUCUGUACUGUCCACUGUUACCACAACAUCUUAUCUCUUGCCAGCUUUGUGAGCAAUCCAGCUGGUGUUAUAAAUUAUAUCGUGUACAGCUGAUGAAUUCAGAGAGUCAUCAGUAAUGCAGAGUGCCAGGCACUAGAGGAUGAAUUAUCACUAUUGCUGCCUGAAGUCAGCAUUUUUUGUUGUUGUUGCAUAAGUGCCAAGCCAGAUAAUGACUAUUCCAGGAUUGCAAAAAAAAUUCUCAUCUGUAUUUCAUGAGAUUUGCUUUGCUUGCUCUAUCAGUCUUGGCUGUUCGAAAAUCAUUUUCUUGGUUGUCUGGGAGAAUAACCACUUUUGUGAUUGGUUUUAAAAACAAUUUAGAAUUCUGAGUCACAGUUUUAUUACAUGAUGAAAUUAUUGCAGCAGCUUUACAGAAUCAAAGGCACUGCAAAUAGUGAAUAGAAUAUUUCCAUCCAGCAUCAUGGUGGAGAAUGCCUAUUAAACCAGUAGGCCAAAGAGUGAUCAUUAGCAUUCCAGAAUGUAGAUUAAGAAAUCAUAGUUAAACAAUUCAGAAGGUCAGAGUGGGCAGCUAGGC